GAGCUUCCGUAAGAACUGGAAGACUCUUGUAUGUACGGUAACCCUCUCUUCCGCUACUGGUGGACUGUUGCACAGAAAGGGCGACAGAAGCAACCUUUCUUAGCGCGCUUUUCAAGCGCUUAGCUUCUGCUAGUGGCGGGGCGGCAAGGCCAUGUUGUUCAGUUGGAAGCCUAAGCCAAGAAGGUACGAACGAAGUGACGGGCCCCUUUAGAAGAUAGGGGGCGGCUUUCUUGUGGUAGUAAUUGCGAACAUCUCUCCUCUUCUCUUAGCGUGCACAGUUUGCUUACAUGCCGCCUUAGGCACAUCUCUCUUUCGACGUUUCACGCUGGACUAAUGAUAAUGAAUGAAAGUCAGUCUUUUAGUAAACGUAUAUAAGCAGCUCUUUAGUGUAUAAGCAAUUCUUUAGUGGUCGCACCGAAAGUACGGUGGAGGUUGGUUGAAGAUGAUGUUACGCGGCGUUCAGAACCAGUCUUGAAGUGAAUGAAUUAGAAAGAAGUAAGGAAAUGAGACGACUCUUUCUUGAACUAUAUCAUAAACAGAUCUUCCCCUCCACACCAAUCACGAGUUUUUCUCUAUUCCUCUCGUAUAUCGUCGUAACGCCCUUAAUGCUAGGUUUUGAAAAAGACUUUUCAUGUCAUUCCCAUUUAGGUCCGAUUCGGAUCCCUCCGUUGUUUCCUUUUCCUUCCGCACCUUUUCCUCGAAAUGAGAAAGAAGAUGGUACACUUGAAUUGUAUUAUUUAAGUGCUUAUUGCUUGCCAAAAAUCCUACUUCUACAAUUGGUAGGUCACCGGGUUAUUCAAAUAAGUCGUGUUUUCCGUGGUUUUCCCAUGUUACAACUUCCGUACCAAUUCGGUCGAUCCGGAAUGGAUCGGUUAAACAUUCCAUUAGGUAGCCUGGUCUUGACUCUUCUGUGUGGUAUUCAUUCUCGUUCGGCUCUUGGAAUCACAUCCAGCAGUGGUUGGAACAGCUCGCAAAAUCCAACCACUUCACCUACUUCAUUGCCCCCAACCGUUUCUCGUACCUCUAUUGAAACAGAAUGGUUUCAUGUUCUUUCAUCGAUUGGUUAUUCCUCUCCGUUCGUAUCUCUUUUUCCAAUUUCGGUCUCGAUUAGUUCACAAGAUUGAAUGGCCAAUU